UUAAAGUGUUGAGUGAAUCCCAGUGUUUGCGCGACCAUUGGUUGCCGUUUGCGUGCGAUUUGAUUGCCUGAUUGGUCGCCGAAGACCGGACACCACCUCUACGGACAUCACUCGCAGAAGUGGUCGACGACUGCCGCAGUCAUGACUAAAGACAGAUUAGCAGCGCUUAAAGCCGCUCAGGCGGACGACGACGAUGUGGCCGUCGGUGUCGAUGAAAGGGGCGGUUAUAUGGAAGAGUUCUUCCAAGAAGUGGAACAGAUUCGCGAAAACAUCGAAAAAAUGCAAACAAAUGUCGAAGAAGUGAAGAAAAUUCAUUCGGCGAUAUUAAGUGCUCCACAAACUGACGACAAAGUGAAACAACAAUUAGAAGAUCUGAUGGCAGACAUCAAGAGAACAGCCAAUAGAGUGAGAGGGAAAUUAAAAGUAAUGGAGCAGAACAUAGAGCAAUUGGAACAGACAUCGAUGAUGAGCGCCGACUUCCGGAUCAGAAAAACACAGCAAUCGAUGUUAUCGCAAAAGUUCGUGGAAGUGAUGACCGAUUAUAAUAAGACACAAACAGACUAUAGGGAGAGAUGUAAAGCACGGAUCCAACGACAGCUCGAAAUCACCGGUCGCUCGACGACUAACGAGGAACUGGAGGAGAUGUUAGAGAGUGGAAACCCCGCCAUAUUUACUCAAGGAAUAAUGACGGACACACAGCAGGCGAAGCAGACACUGGCCGACAUCGAGGCCAGACAUGCGGACAUCAUUAAGCUGGAGAACAGCAUACGAGAGCUGCACGACAUGUUCAUGGAUAUGGCGAUGUUGGUCGAGAGUCAGGGAGAAAUGAUAGACCGCAUCGAGUAUCACGUGGAACACGCGCGUGAGUACAUCGAAACUGCCAAACAGGACACCAAAAAGGCGCGUGAGUUUCAACGCAAGUCUAGACGAGUGAGUAGUGCUUUUUGGGUUGCAUUUGCCGUAUCGAUAGAAACAAAUACUGAUAAUAAUAUGUCUAAUAAUUUUGGUCAUUGUUCUCCUGAGUGUCAUCGGCGGUGUUUUAGGAUUUUAGGCGAAAUGAUCGACAGAAUUGAAUUUCAUGUGUCGAGUGCUCUCGAGUACGUCGAGGAAGCCGUGAAAGACACUAAAAAAGCGAUGGAAUACCAGCGGAAGGCCCGAAGGAAGCAAAUAAUGAUUUUAAUUUGUCUCAUAAUAUUGGGAUUCGUGAUCAUCUCAAUAGUGGGAGGAAUGGUCGGCUUUUAGCGCUUGGAUUUUGUUUAUUACAAUUACACGACUAUUACUAUUAUUAUAUAAUAUAUAAAUAUAUAAAUAUUAUUAAGAAGUGAAAAAUACGAGUGACAUUCAAACCGAUGCGUUUACACCCGACCACCACAUCGACAACAACAACACCGGUGUGUCUCUCAAACUACUCAUCAUUUUUAAACCACACGUAAAACGCGGUUUGGAUUUCAUUCUCUUCUUUGACUCUAAGACUAAUCGUUUUAAUGGACAGAGAAAUCGAUUUCUAUAUACAAUAAUAAACAACUUUUGCUUUCUUUCUCUCUUUGAGAUCUCUCUCUCUCUCUCUCUCUCUCUCCUAUGUUAUACACAC